UGCGUACUCUGAAACUGAUAGCAGGCCACCAAAUUUGAAGUUCGAAACUCCAGAAAGAAGAAACAACUGCACAUCCAACUAUCCAAGUUGAUAACACACAUCAAAAGCUAUAUAAAGAAAUCCCCAGAAAAAGAAAAAAGAGAGGAUUCCAAUCUGAUCGAAAACAACCUUCUCUGAAGGCAUCUCUCAGUUACAAAAAGCUCAAAUUUUUUGGUUUGGAAAUGCAUCAGAAAGAAACAGUGUAGAUUAGAGAGAGCUUCUGAGCAGACAAGAAAUCAGUUAGUCUAACUUCCACUUCCGCCACCGGCCACCGGCCACCACCACCACCCACCGGUAACAAAUCCUCACCCAACUGGCUCUCAACCAGUUUUCACCCAAUCUUUGAAUCAAGAUUCAUUCUUUCUCUUCUUCCCAUCAAACCCAUUUCAAGAAUGCAUCUACCCAUCUCAAUCACCCAACCAAAUAUGUCUCUCACCUUCCCAUAAGAGAAGAAUGGCUCAAAGCUCGGAUCUUUCUCACUCCCCAACUCUCUCAUCUCUUCAACACCAGCCCACCAGUCCUUUUGAACCCACAAUCUUCAAGUCAUCUGAGUCUUCUUCAUACCCACUUUCCCUCUGUUCUUGCUCUCUCCCAGUGAUCUUAGCCACAAAAAGGAUCACUCUUAGGCUCAUUCACCACUCUUGCCAUUCCUCUUGGCUCAGAGUCCAUAUGAAGCUGUUUUUGCUGUUUUCUUUGCCUACCCUUUACUUGACCACAACUUAUUACUGGCCUUUCUUUAUUAGCUUUCUUUGCAUUGUUUCUGCUUUAAUCCUUGUGGUUUCACUCAAUCUAGCUCUGCAGAGGAUCCCCUCAAUCCGGUGGCUGUUUGGGAGAACAUUGUGCAUUAAGUUCUCCUCCUCUCCAGCUUCUGGAUCAAAGCCCCUGCCAAGAGUUGUUUGGUCAAUUGGGUCUAAGCCUAAAUUGAUGAAGAAGCCAGAUUCAGGUUGUUGGGUGGAGGUUUAUAACAAUGGGGAUGUGUAUGAGGGUGAAUUCCACAAAGGGAAGUGUUCUGGGAGUGGGGUGUUUUACUACCAUUUGAGUGGGAGGUAUGAGGGGGAGUGGGUUGGUGGGAGAUAUGAUGGAUAUGGGGUCGAAACAUGGGCGAAAGGGGGGCGAUAUCGGGGGCAGUACAGGCAGGGAUUGAGGCAUGGGGUUGGUGUUUAUAGGUCUUCUACUGGGGAUGUGUAUGCUGGGGAGUGGUGUAAUGGGCAGUGCCAUGGCUGUGGAGUUCAUACUUGUCAGGAUGGGAGCACCUAUGUUGGAGAGUUCAAGUCUGGUGUCCAACAUGGACUUGGCUAUUACCAUUUCAGAAACGGUGAUGCAUAUGCAGGAGAAUAUUUUGCAGACAAGAUGCAUGGUUUUGGGGUGUAUCGGUUUGGGAAUGGGCAUCAAUACGAGGGAGCCUGGCACGAGGGAAGAAGGCAAGGUUUCGGUUUGUAUAGUUUCAGGCACGGGGAAACUCAGUCGGGCCACUGGCAAAAUGGACUUCUUAAUGGUUCGAUUUCUCCUAAAAUUCGUAAUGGAUCUUCCCUCACAGACGACCACUCUAAAGUGCUUCACGCUGUCCAGGAAGCAAAGCGGGCUGCUGAGAAAGCUAUUAACGUGGCAACAGUGGACGAAAGAGUGAAAAGAGCGAUUGCAGCAGCUAACAAAGCAGCAACUGCAGCAAGAGUAACAGCCGUGAAGGCAACCCAGAAUCAGAUGCAUCCCGAGAAUAACCAGUUCAGUGUACCUACAGAUUCCAUGCUUCGAUUACAAUCCAUUUCCUCGUGAUCUUUGCUCCAACCUGGCUUCGGUUUUUACCUUCAAGAUAGUCAAACAGUGAGGCAUUUGCUUGGAACCACCUUCGGUUUUUGCUGACUGUGGAGCAAGUUAGGUUCCUCGGCCCAAAAGUAUGUACAUGUAAUUGCUCGAGGUUUAUGAGCAAAAGAAGAAAAGAGACACUUGGAGCGUUGGCGCUGGACUCGUGUCUCGGGUGAGGUUAGAAUGGUCAUUAGUUUGUAUUUCAUAUGGAAGGUCACUCAGAACUAUGAAGUUUAGCUAUUUGGCUUGUUCUAAUGAAUAUUGCCAUGUUUUCCACAUG